AUGGAAGCAGGAGGGGGUAGUGCAUUAAGGCAGGGAAGUGGAGGUGGUGAAGAAAAUGAGCAACAUAGUACUGCAUUUAGAUGGAAACCAAAUGAGCAGUGUUUAGAAUUAUUGUUGGCCAUGGGUAUUGAUAGAAAUGCUGCAAUUAAGGCAACUGAAUUUGCAGCAUCUUAUGUUUUUGACAACCCCGAUUUGGACGAAGAAUUAGAUAGUUGUAUGAGAAUCGAAUCAGAUAAUGUAAGGCAAGAAAUAACUAGAGGGUCUCAUGUACAUGAUAGUGAUGACGAAAGUGGAGAAGUUCCCCAUUACAAAAUGGUAUUUAUUGUGAAUACAUCACUUGGAAUGAAUAUUGGAAAAACUGCUGCCCAAGUGGGUCAUGCAUCAGUAGGAUUAUUUCGACGACUUAUUGGCAACCAAAAAAGCUAUGGAAAUCAAUUAUUAAUGUGGGAAGAAGAAGGCGAAAAAAAAAUAGUUCUUAGAGGAGAAGAUAUGUCACAUUUAAAACAAAUUGAAAAGCAAGCCAUUUCUUUGGAUCUCCCCACUUAUUUAAUACAAGAUGCUGGUCGUACAGAGGUUCCUCCAGAUUCUGUAACAGUACUUGCCAUAUUUGGACGUGAGGAAGUUGUCAGUUCCAUCACGGGGAAACUUCUUCUGUUGUGA